AUGCUAAAUGUUUUCCUUAUCAGUACUGUAUCGUUGGACAGGAAGUUGCACAAACCCAUGUAUUUCUUUAUGGUCAACUUGGGUGUGAACGGCCUCUAUGGGAGCCUGGGGUUGAUCCCUAUGCUCUUAAUGAACAUUCUGUCUGACACCCAUGAGAUAAGUCACUCUGCCUGUCUGGUACAGAUCUUCUGCUUGCACACAUACGGUGUCUGCGAAUAUACAACUUUAGCCGUGAUGGCAUACGACCGGUAUGUGUCCAUCUGCAACCCUCUGUGGUACAGCAGAAUCAUGUCUCCUGUGAAGGUGUGCACUUACAUUGCUGGUGUCUGGCUGUUCACCGUCUGUAAGACUUCAGCGACAAUCGUUCUGACAGCACAGCUGCCGUUGUGCGACGUGCGUAUUCACAAGCUGUACUGCGACAACUUCUCUCUGGUGAAUCUGGCUUGCACCGACACCACGCUCAACAACAUUUACGGCCUGGUGAGCCUCUUCCUGUCCGUGGGCCCUCAGCUGUCCCUCAUCGUGUAUUCCUACGGGAAAAUCAUCAAGAUCUCUCUGAAGGCGAGCACAAACUCACGAACCAAAGCCUUUCAGACCUGCACACCUCACCUGAUAAGUUUGGCCAAUUUUUCAAUCGCUUGUACUUUUGAAGUGCUCCAGAGCCGAUUUGACAUGAGGAAAGUGCCCCGUACCUUCCGCCUGAUCGUGUCCGUAUAUUUUCUGGUUUUUACCCCCCUCCUGAACCCAAUCAUUUAUGGAGUUCGCUCAGAUAUUAUAAGAGGGAGUAUGCUGAAAAUCCUACACUUCAGAAGGACAGCCCAUGUCCAUCCAGACCCAAUAAAGAACCAUGCACUAAGGUGA